UGCGGGCACCGCGUCCCUGGCACUCUGUCCCCUUUCCCCCUCCCCUUUCCCCACCCCAUUCGCUCGGGGCAGGCCUGGCCGGAAGCGAAGAUGGCGGCGGCAGCGGCGGCUGCUGGCGCUGCCUCGGCAGAGCUGGUGAUCGGCUGGUGCAUAUUCGGGCUGUUACUACUGGCUAUUUUGGCAUUCUGCUGGAUAUAUGUUCGAAAAUACCAAAGUCAGCGGGAAAGUGAAGUUGUCUCCACCAUAACAGCAAUUUUUUCUCUGGCGAUUGCACUUAUCACAUCAGCACUUCUACCAGUGGAUAUAUUUUUGGUUUCUUAUAUGAAAAAUCAAAAUGGUACAUUUAAGGACUGGGCUAAUGCUAAUGUCAGCAGACAGAUUGAGGACACUGUAUUAUAUGGUUACUAUACUCUAUACUCUGUUAUAUUGUUCUGUGUGUUCUUCUGGAUCCCUUUUGUCUACUUCUAUUAUGAAGAAAAGGAUGAUGAUGAUACUGGUAAAUGUACUCAAAUUAAAACAGCACUCAAGUACACUUUGGGAUUUGCUCUGAUUUGUGCACUUCUUCUUUUAGUUGGUGCUUUUGUGCCAUUGAGUGUUCCCAAUAACAAAAACUCUACAGAAUGGGAAAAAGUGAAGUUCCUGUUUGAAGAACUUGGAAGUAGUCAUGGUUUAGCUGCAUUGUCUUUUUCCAUUAGUUCUCUCACCUUGAUUGGAAUGUUGGCAGCUAUAACUUACACAGCCUAUGGCAUGUCUGCAUUACCUUUAAAUCUGAUAAAAGGCACUAGAAGUGCUGCAUAUGAACGUUUAGAAAACACUGAAGACAUUGAAGAAGUGGAGCAACACAUUCAAACGAUUAAAUCAAAAAGCAAAGAUGGUCGACCUUUGUCAGCAAGGGAUAAACGUGCCUUAAAACAAUUUGAAGAAAGGUUACGAACGCUGAAGAAAAGAGAGAGGCACUUAGAAUUCAUUGAAAACAGCUGGUGGACAAAAUUUUGUGGCGCUCUACGUCCACUGAAGAUCAUUUGGGGAAUAUUUUUCAUCUUAGUUGCAUUGCUGUUUGUCAUUUCUCUCUUCUUGUCAAAUUUGGAUAAAGCUCUUCAUUCAGCUGGGAUAGAUUCUGGUUUCAUAAUUUUUGGAACUAACCUGAGUAAUCCAUUGAAUAUGCUUUUACCUGUACUGCAAACAGUUUUUCCUCUUGAUUAUAUUCUUAUAACAAUUAUUAUUAUGUACUUUAUUUUUACAUCAAUGGCGGGAAUUCGAAAUAUUGGCAUAUGGUUCUUUUGGAUUAGAUUGUAUAAAAUCAGAAGAGGUAGAACCAGGCCCCAAGCACUCUUAUUUCUCUGCAUGAUACUUCUGCUUAUUGUCCUUCACACUAGCUACAUGAUAUAUAGUCUUGCUCCCCAGUAUGUUAUGUAUGGAAGCCAAAAUUACUUAUUGGAGAGCAAUACUACUUACAGUGACCCUAAAGGCAAUUCAACCAUUUCUGUGCCAAAGAGAUGUGAUGCUGAUGCUCCUGAAGGGAUGAUCCUGAAGAUCCUGAUCCUCACAUUGUUAAUACUAAUAUUGAAACCUUAACAGAAAAACAACAAAUCAGGGUUUCACAAUAUGUGGCACUGUUAAUGGGCCCUGUGUUGCUGAACUGAAUUUGUAUAUUAUAGAUGAAUAAGCUUUAGUCAAAUAAAACACCUUGACUAUCACUUUUUUAUGAAUCACGUUCAGUAUUUUUCUUUUUCUGUCUAAUUUGCAGUGCUUAAAAUGACUCCCUUUGAACUACUGAAUAUUUUUCUUAAACAUUUCUGUUUACUUAUGCUUUAAAAUGUUGUGUUGCAGUAGAAAAACAUACCCAUUAGGUUUAUGGAUUUGAUUUAUCCUUCAAAACCUUUUGUUUAUUCUUAAGCACAUCUGUAAACUUUAAAUUUGCCCGUGGAUACCUGAAACACAGUGGUCAAAAUACAAUAAUUUGGAGUGUUUUAAGUAAAAUGAUGAUGAAAGAUGAAGCAAAUUAGGGUAUGAGUUCAGAAGUAUAGGAGUGGGGAUGGGGUGGUGUGUAUGUUGAUGGACUAGUAUGGCAGUACCAUUUAAACAGAAACGAGGAAAUCUUAGUAUGCAGAGAAAAAGAAAAUAACCCUGUAUUCUUUGUCACAUUUUAGUGGGAUCAUUUGACUAGAGUAGAUGAUGGUCUAAUGUAAAUAACCCAUGAGGCACUUGAUAACACCUUUGUCAUUUGUCUCUGGUGAGUGACAGAAUUUUGGAGAUUGAUUUUUAGAAACAAAAAUUACAAUUUAGUUAUAAUUAAAAUUAUUUCUGAGAAAAGAAUCCCAUUGGAAAGAUGAUUUUCGAGCAACAAUUUCUAAAAAUAUAUAGGUUGAUCUCUUGUCAAUAUUAUAUACAUUUUAGAGAAUUUUUAAAACAUUUUGUUCAAAUAUGGGUGAAAUGGUUUAUUUCCUAUUUAAACAUAUAAAAAUAUUACUAAGACCCUAGUUUUAAGUGUUCGUAAACAUUUAGGAUUCAAAAGAGAGUCAUACAUCUAAAAAAUUAAGGCACUUUAUGUUAAAAAUAAUCUGCUAAGCAAUAGAAUGAUUUAUCAGUAAUUUUAUGAAGCAUGUCUAUCUUACUAUGUUUAUAAAGUUCUCUUAAAAUGACAAUAUUACUUAAUUUAUCCUGACAGGUAAUGCGUAGUUUAUUAUUUUCAUACUGAGUCCACUGUGCAAAUUAAAUGAGGUUUUAAAUUUUAUAUAAUGUCAUGACAACGGAAUCUUUACAUUGCUAUUUUUAUGUUUUUUAAUUGCUACUUAACCUAAGAUGCAUUUAUACAUGGACAGUUUGUGUGUAAAUAUGAAAUUAUUUAAAACAUAGGAUUGUUAAAAGGAACAUGUAUAUUUGAAAACUUUGUAAAAUUUUUGAGUCAAAAUGGAAAGAUGAAAGAUCACUAUGCCUUUAUCAGCAAAUACAAUAAGCAUUGUAUUUGGUUAGAUUUUGGGAAAGAGAAGUGUCAGGAGGAACAUAUAUACAGUCUCUACCUUUAGAAAGCAUAUAACCUAAUAAAGGAGCAGAUAUGAAAAUUGAUAAUUGUAACACCAGGAAAAAAUGUCAAAGUGUAAUGAAAUUUUAAACAAAACUCUGUGGGGAGACAAAGGGGAUAAUGAUUUAUCUGUCUGGGGUUGGGGCUAUAACAUUUCAGCUGGGCCCAAAAAAAUAAUUUAAGUCUAACUGAACAAACAAAAAAGCCGAAGGAUAUUCCAAGCAGAAGAGAACCAGCAUUAACAAGGCAUCAGGACAAAUAUAUUUGGCAUGUUGUAGUAACAAUAAAUGUGACAAGAUCAUGACUGUUCGGGGAGUGCUGUGAAGGAUAGAACAAGUUAAUAUCAAAUUGUAGAGGUUCUUUAAUGCCAUAAGAGUUUUGCCUUCAUUCUUUAGAUAAACUCUUGUUUAAUGUGAGAUACUUAGUAUUGGCGAAUCAUGAGACUCAAGGCAGGUGAUGUCAGAAACUCUUGUAAUAUUAACCUGCAUCACGGAUAAAGAAGGUGAAUAAGAGCAUAUAAUUGGAGGCACUUACUUUAUGGAAAGACUGUAGAAUUAUGACUGUGGCCUUGACUUCAUCCUGUAACUUUAUAUAAAAUUAAGACUCCAUCUUGUCUUUUGACCAUUUUCAGGAGUCUGCUUCCACUUUUCUGUGUCUGAAAAACAUGUUUAUUAGAUGUUAUAAUUUGUUCCAAGGAAAUUCUUAAUACAACUUGUGGUUUAUUACAAGGUAAUCAGCCAAUCAGAAUUUAGCUUGUGGUUUCUUUAGCUACUUAAAAUAUAAUAUGUAUGACUUUUACCAUAACUGUGUAAUGUAUAUCUAGUCAAGGUGUGAUUAUUACAAUAUUCAUUGAUUUUCCUGUAACUGCCUUCCCCAUGAUCUAGUUACUUUCUUUUUUCUUGAUACUUUCCCCAUUCCUUAGAACACUGAAUUCACUUGUGAGACUUACUUUUACUCUGUGAGUUCGGUGCUUCCUCAGUUUAUAAAUUGUGUGUUGUGUGCUUCAGUAAAACCUCUAAAAUCAUUUAUUUUGCAGAUUACUUAUUUUAGCAGUUAAGCCACUUUGACAAAGGAUUGUGACAAUAGGAGUAGAAAAGUAGAGAAUUAGUCAAGUGUAUUGUUUUCUGUUGCUAUGUAACAAAUUACCACAGUUUAGCAGUUUUAAAAUAGCACAAAUUGAUUGCCUCAGAGUUGUGUAGGCCAGAAACAUGGUUUGAUUUUUACCCCUGCCAAGAGUCUCACAAGACUGAAAUUAAAUUUCAACAGAGUUAUGUUCCUUUCUGGAGGCUGUGGGAGAGAACCUGUCUCCAGGCUUAUUCAGGUUGUUGAUGUAAUUCAAUUCCAUGCAAAUGUAGUUCUGUGGUCCCCAUUUCUUUACUGGCUGUAAACAGGUAGGAUUGUUCUCAGCUUCUAGAUGUUGCCCUGAUUCACUUGGUUUAUGGCCCUCUUCUUCCUCUUUCAAAGGCAGCUAAGGCAGGUCAAGUCUUUCUCAUGCUGUCCUGCUCUUUGUUCCUACCUUGUCUUCUGCAGCAUCUGCCUGAUUGACUUUCUUGCCUUCCUCUUCUGCUUUUAAGGGCCCAUGUGAUUACAUUCAGCUCACCUGGUUAACCUAGGAUAAUCUCCUUAUCUUAAAGUCAGCUGAUUAGUAGCCUUAAUCCCAUCUGCAGAGUUCCUUUUCAUCAUACCUAGAUAAGUUUUUGACUGAAUAACCAGGGAAUGAUAAUCUUGAAGGGGGUGGGGCCAACAUCGUAACAAUUCUACCACUUCAAGCUGUUUUGUAGCUAAAACAGACAAAUGUUUAAGAUCAUCAAGAAGGAAGAAAAGAAGAAGAUGAUGCCUUUAAGACAAUGUAAGUUUAAGAGUAGGUUUUGGUUUUAGACAUAUUUCAGGGGACAGUAAGGAUAUCCACAUUAAGGCUUUCAUCAAGAGUUGUAAGAUCACCUGUAUAUUCAGGACCAAAAUAUUUGAUGUGUCCAAAGUAACUGAGUCUGAGUCUCACCAUCCUCACUUCUAAGGAACAUUAUGGUUAUAUUUCUUCUAAGACUGAUUUAUAGGUUCUUCUGGCAGUCCAUGGUGUGUCCAGUAUUCUUCUCCAACACCACAGUUUGAACAUAUCAGUUCUUCUGUCUUCCUUUUUCACUAUCCAGUUUUUGCAUGCGUAUGAGGCUAUUGAAAAGAUCAUGGUUUGGGUCAGAUGCAUCUUAGUCAGGGAUAAAUGGUAAGUAAAACUAGGAGACUGGAUGAGAUAAUGAAGACCAAAUAAGGACCAACAACUGAGCUCUCUUACAGCCCAGUGUUAAGAGGUUGGCAAUAAGAGGAACCAAUAAAGGACAGCUAAGAAGCAACAACCAUUGAGGUAGAGGAAAAACUAGGUGAGUGUAGUUUCCUUUAAACCAAGUGAAGAGUGAUCAACUAUUUCAAGUGCUGAGGAUUGUUAAAAAAAAAAAAAAAAAAAAGUCUGGACGUAGGUAAUGAGAGAAUUUAUUCAAAAGACUAUUACAAUAAGGAGAGGGGGACUAUUAGAAUAUGGAGAACUCUUCAACCAUAAAAUCUGUAAGUGUCUCAAAGGUCAGGCAGGCCUUUUAUGGGAAGGAGCAAACAGCGAAUCAUUUGUGAAGCCAAAAAUGAGAAAUUGGAGGUCUGUGUCUGGUCAGCUUUGUCAGAGGUAAACAAGGGUCAUUCGUGAGUCUUAUUUAAGUCAUAUGGGAAAGGAUCUUUCUUUCUACUAGCACACAAAGUUGGAUGGACUUCAUUAACAUUACUGUUUUUCAGGGUCAUGAAGCUCAAGUAAAGUUCAGUGUUGUCAGGAUAAAUCAAGUAAGAUGAGGACUGAAAAUUGUCUCCUGGUAGGGUUAAUUAGGUGACUCUGAGAAGAGCAGUUUUGAUAGAGUGCUGGGGGGAAGCCUAACUGGAGUGAGUUCAAGAGAGAAUGGGACUUGAAUGGCUAAGUAGUUGAAAAGCUUUUCAUGGUAAAAGCACCCCAACCUUCUCCUCCAAAAAAAUGCUGAAUAAAAUACCAAACUUCUUUAAAAAUAUCAAAAGUACUGAGAAGAUAUUAAGGCAAAAGUCUAAGUUAGUGAUUCUCAGUUGGUAUAAACCUUGGACCAGCAACAUCACCGUCACCUGUGGAUUUAUUAGGAAUGUAAAUUAUCGGGCACCACCACAAGCCUAUUAAAUCUGAAACUCGGCAGGUGGGACCCAGCAACCUGUGUGUUGCCUAAGCAUUCCAGGUGAUUCAGGUAUUCUGUUGAUGUGAGUGAAGAAAAAAACUUCAGAGCAAAGAAGUAAAUAAGAGCCCUAAAACUGCUUUGUCCUGAAGGCAUUUACCAAAUUUGGUAAUUUAAACUCGGAUUUUCAUAGCCUUUUGAAGUGGAAGAGACAAAGUCUAGCACAGUGCUGUCCAUUGGAAAUAUAAGCCAUAUUUGUAAUUUUAAGUUUUCUAGUAACUACGUCAAAAGAAAUAAAAAGAAACAUGGUAUUAAAUAGCAUUUUGUUUAACCUAAUGUCUGAAAUAUUAUUUCAACAUGUAGUUAAUAUCAUAUGUAACAUUAUUAAGAUACAAAGGGUUUUCAUACUGUCUUCAAAACCUGUUGUAUAUUUUACAUUUAAAGCACUUCUUAAUUCAGACACUUAAGUUUUCAAAGGUUAAAGUGAAAUAUAGUCUUCCCAAAGUAGUAAAGUUGUUUUUAAUGAAAAAAUAUUUUACACUGCUUCAGUUUGUAAUUUAAAUUAAUAAAAUUAAAAAUUCAGUUUCUCAGUUAUACUAGCCACGUGUCAAGCAGUAUCAUAUUGGACAGCACAGGUCUAGAGCAUGCCCAAGUGGUAGCAUCUCACAAUUAGAUAAACCUUUUCAGAAAGCUAAAACUCUUCAUCUCACCACCACCCCAAGGGUUGCACCAUCGCCCAAGGGUGAACCAGAAGUAAAGGCGUAUAACUUCCAGAAAACCAUAAGCAAAGUUGGCCUUAGUGCCAAGAAGAGCCAGAAAGGAAGAAUCUAUCCCUGAGGAAUAAUAACCACAAACUAGCUCUCUGCAGAUUUGCAGUCCAGUUGCUCAUCACCACAGCGAUUUUCAUGGUCAUCUCACCCUGGCAAUGUUCUAGGCACAUGACAUUAAGUAAGUGUAAGCCCUCACUAGAGGCAUGCACUAGGCUUCAGGGAAUUCCCACAAAAGAGUACAGAUGAACCGAACACAUCAGAGUCAGAUAUUCAAAUGUACAAGGAAACAAGGCGCUAUAAAAGAGAGCUAGAAGAAAUACCAGCAGAGACUUGCAAAGACCUGGUAUUGGAAUUAUCAGCAUGGAUUACAGAGCUACUUAAGAUGAAAAGAAUACCACCAGCUCAAAAUAUUGACAGAGAACAAGAAACUCUUUUAAAGAAAUGAAUGAAACCCUAGCAGAUUUGUAAGACCCCUCAAAAAAGUGUUUAGAGAUGAACAUAUGGUAAUUCAAAUUACACUCAGUUGAGGAAACUACAGAGUAAAACCACAGUGAGGUCUGUCAACAAAUUGUUCAUUAGUAGUAAGAGGAAAAAAUAUUAACUAUAUAUUAGAGAAACUGGGUAAUACCUACACCAAUAUUUCAAAAUUAUCAUCAUAAUGAGGAACAAAUGCACAUCAUUCUGAGAAGAACACAUUAUCACUUACAUGGUGUUUCAGCCAGAAAUGGGUAACAUGAAUCUAAUCAUGAAAUAGCAGACAAACCCAAACUGAACAUUCCAUAAAAAACUGGCAUGUAUGUUUCAAAAAGGCCAAUGUUACAGAGUACAGUGAGACUAAAGAACUGUUGCAGAUUAAAGAAUACUAAAGAGAUGUGAUAACGAAUGUAAUACAUGGUCUUGGAUUGGAUCCUAUACUGAAAGAUAAAAGUGCUAUAAAGAAUAUCACCAGGUUAAAUGACAGAGUUGGAAUAUGAACCGUAGAGUAAAUGAAAGUACUCUAUCAAUGUUAAAUUUCCUAGAUUUAAUAACUGAACUGUAGUUAUGUUAGAGAAUAUCUUUUUGCAUAAAAAAUACUGAAAUGAUAAGAGAUCAUGCAGCAAGAUACAUGAUGGAGAGAACUUUGUAUGUAUAGAAAGAAUGAUAAAAGGGGAAAAUCCCCACAAUGAGAAGCACUAUAUUCAACCCAAAUGGCUACCAUUUAAAAAAAACUGAAAAUACCAAGUGUAGGCCAACAUGGAACCACUGAAGAUAACUAUUUCUGACUACCAUUACGAGUAUCAUUAUACAUUGUUUAUUUUUCAUAAAUUAGUGAUUCAGAUUAAUAAUGUAUUUUGCCAUACAAGAUGGCAGAACUUACAUUGAACAUAAAAGCUAGUGACAACAAUGCUAUCUAAGAGCUCCCUAAACAAUCUAGAUUAAAAAGUAUAACUUCUUAUAAAAGUUAAUCUUUCAUGGAGGCAGAGCCAAGAUGACGGAAUAGACAGACACUUCUGGCGAGCCCUCUUUACAACAAAGACCCAAAAUAACAAGCAAAACGAGUAUAUUUGUGACAAGCUGGGAGCCCUGAGCUUCAAAGCCAAGCUUAGAAAACGAACUGAGGGGCAGGGGGAGGAAGAGACUGCUCAGAAGCUGAGAGCAGUUACCGGACCUGAAUCGUGGGAAGCCCUCCGGCACCAUUCCCUCAGCGGCGGUGGCGGGUUGGUAAUACCGUUCAGCCGCAGUUUCCUCAGAGAGAAGCAGCCAGCCACACAGCCUACUCAAACCUCCAGAACCUGAGAAGAACAGCACUCUAGGCAAAAGCUAAAUACUUGUGUAUAUUUUACCAUGCCCCUCCACCCCCAAUCCGGCUUCAGUGGCUGAACUCCCUGGGCCUGAGAUAGGCACUGUUCAGCAACUAGAGCCAUCCUCCCAGCCUUGGGGAAGGAAAAAAAUUGCAUCUGGGGGAAAAGAUAAUUUGCUACCUCCACUAACCGGGGGAGCUCAGGACAGAAGCAGAUCCUGAAGAGGCAAAAAUGGUCCGUGGACUUUGAGCACAUUUCUUUUCUGUAUGGACCUGUGUGGGCCUAUUUCGGGAAAAUAGGCCCUUGUUGGCAGACUCCAACUGUUUAAGCUGUGUGGUGGAGAAGUGGGUGUUUGAUGUUUGACAUUGCUUUGCCUAUUAAACAAGUUCCUUGCCUGCCCACAUCAGGGGCCUAAGGACUGGUAGCUUCACUCAGGCCACCCAGCCACCUGCGACAGGGGUCAAAGAUAACUGGUACCUCCCAGUCCUUACAACCAAAAACUUUGGGUGCCCAUGGUCCGUCUGCAGAACCCACCCACCUGAAUGCUCUAGGGAACAGGGAUGCGCUUUCCUCAGAGACACUCGGGGGUCAGUUCUCAGCCCCUGCGUUGUUCAGAGCAUGACCCCCUGCUGCAAUCAGAUAUCGGUACAUACACCAAUCACCCCCGCCCCUCUGAGACUGUAGGACAGGGCCUGUACCACACACUUGAUGAUCAGCUACCUGAAAAACUGAGCUGAAUUCAUACAAGAAAACUGAAUGGACUCCUAGACUGAUAUACCUGAUAACAGCUCUAGCCAUCUGGGGACAGAACGUCAGAGCUCCAAAGGUGAAAAUAAUCAAGCUAGCUCGCUCAAGCAACCCACAGGGGUAUACCAAAACAAAACAAAGCAAGAAACUAUGACACAGUAAGCAAGCAUAAACUAAUACAAGAACUUAUAGAUGGCUUGGAGACAGCAGUCAAUAUCAAGUCACAUAAAGAAACAGACCAUGAUCACCUCAACAGACUCUCAAAACAAAGAAUCCAGGAAUCUUCUAGAUGAAAGUGCAUUCCUGGAGUUACCAGAGCCAGAAUACAAAAGUUUAAUAUACAGAACCCUUCAAGACAUCAGGAAGGAAAUGAGACAAUACACAGAACGAGUCAAGGAACACACAGAUAAAGCAAGUGAAGAAAUUAGAAAGAUUAUUCAGGAACAUAAUGAAAAGUUUAAUAUGCUGGAAAAAUCCAUAGACAGGCAGCAAUCAGUAAUUCAGAAGAUUAACAAUAAAAUUACAGAAGUAGACAACUCAAUAGAAAGUCAGAGGAGCAGAAUCGAGCAAGUAGAAGCUAGAAUUUCUGAACUCGAAGAUAAAUUAUUUGGCACUAAUAUAUUUCAAGAAAAAUCAGGUAAAAGAAUUUAAAAAAAUGAAGAAAUCUUAAGAAUCAUGUGGGACUCUAUCAAGAGAAAUAACCUACGAGCGAUAGGAGUACCAGAACAGGGAGGGAUAACAGAAAAUACAGAGAGAAUCGUUGAAGAUUUGUUGGCAGAAAACUUCCCUGAUAUCAUGAAAGAUAAGAAGAUACCUAUCCAAGAUGCUCGUUGAACCCCACAUAAGGUAGAUCUUAAAAGAAAGUCACCAAGACAUAUUAUAAUCAAACUUGCAAAAACCAGAGAGAAAGAGAGACUUGUAAGAGCAGCAAGGGAUAAACAAAAAGUCACCUACAAAGGAGAGCCAAUAAGAAUAAGCUCCGACUACUCAACAGAAACCAUGCAAGCAAGAAGCCAAUGGGAUGACAUAUUUAAAAAAACGAAGGAAAAAAAUUGCCUGCCAAGAAUCAUAUAUCCAGCAAAACUGUCUCUUAAAUACCAAGGUGAGAUGAAGACAUUUCCAGAUAAACACAAGUUUAAGGAAUUUGUGAAAAUUCGUAAAAACCAAACCAAAACUACAAGAAAUACUAAAGGGAGUUCUUUGGUUUGAAAAUCAGUAAUAUCAGGUAUCAACCCAAGACUCGAACACUGGGCAGAGCAACCAGAAGUCAACCCAGACAGGGAAAUCCAAAAAAAAAAAAAGCAAGAUUUAAAAAAAAAAAAAAACUCAGGAUACUAGUGAUGUUAUUAUAUAAAAGAAGAAAACAUUAGAAUAAUAAAGAGGGACUAAGAAACAUAAUCAUACACCUUCCAUAUGGAGAGGAAGAUACGGCGAUACAAAGAAAUAAAAGUUAGAUUUAAAUUUAGAAAAAUAGGGGUAAAUAAUAAGGUAACCACAAAGGAGACAAACUAUCCUGCUCAUCAAAAUAAAAUACCAGAAAAAAAUAGAGACUCAGCAGAAACAAAAUCAACAACAAAUAUGAGGAAAGGACAAUGUAUAAAGAUAAUCUACUCAGCACUUAAAAUAAAGUGGGAAAAAGAAACUGUCAACAGCACACAAAAAAAGACAUCAAAAUGAUAGCACUAAAUUCAGACCUAUCCCUAAUUACCCUGAAUGUAAAUAGACUAAAUGCACCAGUAAAGAGACAGACAGUGGCAGAAUGGAUUAAAAACCAAGAUCCAUCUAUAUGCUGCCUAGAAGAGACACACCUUAGACUUAGAGACACAAACAAACAAAAACUCAAAUGAUGUAAAAAUAUAUAUUAAGCAAACAACAAUCAAAAAAGAGCAGGAGUGGCAAUAUUAAUUUCUGACAAAAUAGACUUUAAAGUUAAAUCCAUCAAAAAGGAUAAGGAAGGACACUGUAUAAUGAUUAAAGGGACAGUACACCUAGAAGAUAUAACCAUAUGAAAUAUUUAUGCACCCAGUGACAGGGCUGCAAGAUACAUAAACUAUCAGCAUUGAAAAGUGAGAUAGACAGCUCCACAAUAAUAGUAGAAGACUUCAACACACCACUUUUGGUGAAGUACAGGACAUCCAGAAAGAAGCUCAAUAAAGACACAGAAGAUCUAAAUGCCACAGACAUAUACAGAACACUCCACCCAACAGCAAUCAAGUACACUUUCUUUUCUAGCGCACAUGGAACAUUCUCUAGAAUAGACCACAUAUUAGGUCAUAAACGAAGCCUUAGCAGAAUUCAAAAGUUUGAAAUAUUACAAAGCAUCUUCUCUGACCAUAAGGCCAUGAAAGUAGAAAUCAAUAACAGGAAAAGCAGGGAAAAGGAAUCAAACACUUGGAAAUUGAACAAUACCCUGCUCAAAAAAGACUGGAUCAUAGAAGACAUUAAGGAUGGAAUAAAGAAAUUCACAGAAUCCAAUGAGAAUGAAAACACUUCCUAUCAGAACCUUUGGGACACAGCAAAAGUGGUGCUUAGAGGCCAACUUAUAUCAAUAAAUGCACACAUACAAAAAGAAGAAAGGGCCAAAAUCAAAGAAUUAUCCCUACAACUUGAACAAUCAGAAAGAGAGCAACAAAAAAACCUGCAGGCACCGGAAUAAAACAAAUAAUAAAAAUUAGAGCUGAACUAAAUGAAAUAGAAAACAGAAAAACAAUUCAAAGAAUUAACAAGACCAAAAGCUUUGUGAAAAAAAUCAACAAAAUUGAUAAAACACUGGUCAAACUGAAAAAAGAAAAAAAGGAGAGGAAGCAAAUAACCCGAAUAAGAAAUGAGAUGGGCAAUAUUGCAACAGACCCAACUGAAAUUAAAAGAAUCGUAUCAGAUUACUAGGAAAAACUGUACCCAAACAAAUUUGAAAACCUAGAAGAAAUGGAUGAAUUCCUAGAAACACACUACCUACCUAAGCUAACACAAACAGAGGUAGAACAACUAAAUAGACCCAUAACAAAAGAAGAGAUUGAAAAGGUAAUCAAAAAACUCCCCCCCAAAAAAGCCCUGGCCCGGAUGGCUUCACUGCAGAGUUCUACCAAACUUUCAGAGAAGAGUUAACACCACUAAUACUGAAGGUAUUUCAGAGCAUAGAAAAGGAUGGAAUACUACCGAACUAAUUCUAUGAAGCCACCAUAUCCCUGAUACCAAAACCAGAUAAAGACACCACAAGAAAAGAAAAUUAUAGACCAAUAUCCCCAUGAAUGUAUUAUCCCUCAUGAAUGUAGAUGCAAAAAUCCUCAACAAAAUUCUAGCCAAUAGAAUUCAACAACAUAUCAAAAAAAUCAUUCACCAUGACCAAGUGGGAUUCAUACCAGGUAUGCAGAGGUGGUUCAACAUUAGAAAAACAAUUAAUGUAAUCUACCACAUAAAUAAAAGACAUGAAUCCCAUGAUUUUAUCAGUUGAUGCAGAAAAGGCAUUUGACAAAGUCCAACACUCUUUCUUGAUAAAAACUCAGCGAAAUAGGAAUAGAAGGAAAAUUCCUCAACAUAAUAAAGGGCAUUUUGACAGUCAACAUGACCCUAAAUGGAGAGAGUCUGAAAGCAUCCCCCUUGAGAUUGGGAACCAGACAAGGAUGCCCUUUAUCACCGCUAUUUUCAACAUUGUGUUUGGGAUCUAGCCAAAGCAAUUAGGCUAGGUAAAGAAAUAAAGGGCAUCCAGAUUGGCAAGGAAGAAGUAAAAGUAUCUCUAUUUGCAGAUGACUUGAUCUUAUACACAGCGAACCCUAAGGAAUCCUCAAGAAAACUACUGAAACUAAUAGGAGAGUUCAGCAGAGUAUCGGGAUAUAAGAUAAACAUACAAAAACCAGUUGGAUUCCUCUAUACUAACAAAAAGAACAUCAAAGAGGAAAUCACCAAAUCAAUGUCAUUUACAGUAGCCCCCAAGAAGAUAAAAUACUUAGGAAUAAAUCUUACCAGAGAUGUAAAAGACUUACACAAAGAAAACUACAGUACACUUCUGCAAGAAACCAAAAGAGACUUACAUGAGUGGAAAAACAUACCUUGCUCAUAGAUAGGAAGACUUAACAUUAUAAAAAUGUCUAUUCUACCAAAAGCGAUCUAUACAUUUAAUGCAAUUCUGAAUCAAAUCCCAAGGACAUUCUUUACUUAGAUGGAGAAACAAAUCACCAACUUCAUAUGGAAGAAAAAGAGGUCCUGAAUAAAUAAGGCAUUACUGAAAAAAAAGAACAAAGUGGGAGGCCUUACUUUACCUGAUUUUAGAACCAAUUAUACCGCCACAGUAGUCUAAACAGCCUGGUACUGGUAAAACAACAGAUACAUAGACCAAUGGAACAGAAUUGAGAAUCCAGACAUAAAUCCAUCCACAUAUGAGCAGUUGAUAUUUGACAAAGGCCCUGAAACAGUUAAAUGGGGAAAAGACAGUCUUUUUAACAAAUGGUGCUGGCAGAACUGGCUAUCCAUCUGCAAAAAAAAUGAAACAAGAGCCAUACCUCACUCUAUGCACAAAAACAAGCUCAAAAUGGAUCAAAGACCUAAAUAUAAAAUCUAAAACGGUAGAGAUCAUGGAAGAAAAAAUAGGGACUUUAGGAGCCCUAAUACGGGGCAAAAACAGUAUACAAAACAUUAUUAAGAAUGCAUAAGAAAAACUAGAUAACUGGGAGCUCCUAAAAAUCAAACACCUAUGCUCAUCCAAAGACUUCACCAAAGAAGUAAAAAGACUACCUACAAACCGGGGAAAAGUUUUUGGCUAUGACAUUUCCGAUCAGCGUCUGAUCUCUAAAAUCUACACGAUACUGAAAAACUCAACUACAAAAAGACCAAUAAAAAAAUGGGCAAAAGAUACGAAUAGACACUUCACUAAAGAAGACAUUCAGGAAGCUAACAGAUUGUGAAGAAUUGUUCACAAUCAUUAGCUGUUAGAGAAAUGCGGAUUAAAACUACAAUGAGAUUUCAUCUCACUCCAACAAGGCUGGCAUUAAUCCAAAAAACACAAAAUAAUUAAUGCUGGAGAGGCUGUGCAGAGGUUGGAAAACUUACACAGUGCUGGUGGGAAUGUAAAGUGGUACAACCACUUUGGAAAUCGAUUUGGUGCUUCCUUAAAAAAAAAAAUAGAAAGCUAGAAAUAUAACUACCAUAAGAUCCAGCAAUCCCACUCCUCAGAAUAUAUCCUAGAGAAAUAAGAGCCUUUACACGAACAGAUAUAUGCACACCCAUGUUUAUUGCAGCACUGUUUACAAUAGCAAAAAGAUGGAAGCAACCAGCGUGCCCAUCAACGGAUGAAUGGAUAAAUUAUGGCAUAUUCACACAAUGGAAUACUACGCACCAAUAAAGAACAGUGAGGAAUGUGUGAAAUAUUUCAUAAAAUGGAGGAACCUGGAAGGCAUUAUGCUUAGUGAUAUUAGUCAGUUGCAAAAGGACAAAUAUUGUAUAAGACCACUAUUAUAAGAACUUGAGAAAUAGUUUAAACUGGGAAGAAAACAUUCUUUUGUGGUUACAAGAGGGGGGUGGGAGAGAGGUAUCCACUAAUUAGAUAGUAGAUAAGAACUAGUUUCGGUGAAGGGAAGGACAACACACAAUACAGGGGAGGCCAGCACAACUGGACUAAACCAAAAGCAAAGAAGUUUCCUGAAUAAACUGAAUGCUUUGAAGGCCAGUGUAGCAGGGGCAGGGGUUCGGGGACCAUGGUUUCAGGGGACAUCUAAGUCAAUUGGCAUAAUAAAAUCUAUUAAGAAAACAUUCUGUAUCCCACUUUUGAAGAGUGGCAUCUGGGGUCUUAAACACUAGGAGGCAGCCAUCUAAGAUGCAUCAAUGGGUCUCAACCCACCCGGAUCAAAGGAGAAUGAAGAACACCAAGGACACAAGGUAACUAUGAGCCCAAGAGACAGAAAGGGUCAUGUGAAACAGAGACUACAUCAUCCUGAGACCAGAAGAACUAGAUAGUGCCCAGCUACAAUAGAUGACUGCCCUGACAGGGAACACAACAGAGAACCCCUGAGGGAGCAGGAGAGCAGUGGGAUGCAUACCCCAAAUUUUCAUAAAAAGACCAGACUUGAUGGUCUGACUGAGACUACAAGGACCCCACUGGCCAUGGCCCCCAGACCUUCUGUUGGCCCAGGACAGGAGCCAUUCCCAAAGCCAACUCUUCAGACAGGGAUUGGACUGGACAAUAGGUUGGAGAGGGAUGCUGGUGAGGAGUGAGCUGCUUGGAUCAGGUGGACACUGGAGUCUAUGUUGGCAUCUCCUGCCUGGAGGGGAGAUGAGAGGGUAGAGGGGGUUAGAAGCUGGCAAAAUGGGCACAAAAAGAGAGAGUGGAGGGAGAGAGCAGGCUGUCUCAUUAGGGGGAGAGUAAUUGAGAGUGUGUAGCAAGGUGAAUAUAAGUUUUUGUGUGAGAGACUGACUUGAUUUGUAAACUUUCACUUAAAGCACAAUAAAAAUUAUAAAAAUUUAAAAAAAGGUUAAUGUUUCUUGUUUAUUUUUAAUUUUGAGUUAGUAAUAAAAUAAUUUAUCCCCUAGAUUUUCUUCUAGUGUAAAUUUCUAGCAUCAAGUAAACUUUGACUUAAUUAUAGACAUAUUAGGUCAUGUAAAAUGAGUCCAUUCUUUGACGAGGUUUACCAAAUCUGAGUUGUAUGCAAAAGAACAGUUAAAAUUCACAACAAACAUAUCAAAAACUUAGAAAUUAAACCUCUUCUUUGAAGGUGCAUAAUACUUUAAAACUUGCUGAAGAUUUUUUAAUAACUCAGCAACUUAUAUGCCAAGACAGUGUUUUAUAUUUGGUGACAUCUGCACUUAAACAAUUUAAGAUUUCUCUGUAACUUCUCACCUCUUUUUAAUGAUAAAGCAGUUUUUCUAUUUUCUUAUGGGAAGCUUUUGUAUUGAAAGCGAUGCGCCUAAGUCUAAUAGAAUUGUGAUCAUUUUCAUAACCUGGUUUAGAAAGUAAUUUGAGGAUACUGCAUUAGGUAAUGAUAGCAAUUCAGGCAUCUUUAGAAGAUAUUUAUGUAUCUUCUUCCAUUAUACUGAGAACCACAGUCCUGUUAGUCUUGAAAUUCCAAGAUAAAUUUAUAAAUGUCUCAAUUUUCAGUGUCCCAUAUGAUCAUUUAGUUUUAUUUAUCUUUUGCUCCUUUGCUUUUUCACUUAACAAGAUUUAUUGAUGUCUGCCAUGUGGCAGGAACUAUUGUAGGUAUGAGGAGUACAACAGUGAAUAGAAGUCAAAUAUUCCUGUUUCCAUGGAGCUUACUGGAAGGAGACAAAUAUGUAUGUCAGAUGAUAAGCAUUAUGGAGAAAAAUAAAGCACCAAAAGUGGUUAUGCGGUGCUCAUGAAGAGGGAUGAUUUCAAAAUUUAAAUAUAAUAGAAGAGAAAAUUCUUACUGAGAGGGUAACAUUUUGAGCUAAAAAUACCAUAAGAAGCAAAUGCACAUACCUGGGGAAGAGCAGUUAAGAUAGACAUCAGCAAAUGCCAAGUGGGACAGUGCCAAAGGGAGGAGGUAGAGGAACAGCAAACACAAUUUUAGGAAGGUCAGAUGGGAAGUGUCUAGAAAAUUGUGAGCAGAAGAGUGACCUGAUGUGACUUACGUUCUCAAGGGAUAACUCUGACUAGUGUGUUGCAUGUAGACCAGGGGUCGGCAAACUUUUUCUGUAAAGAUAGUAUUUUAGGCUUUGUGGGCCGAAAUGGUCUCUGUUCCAUCUACUCUUCUGUGAUGUCAUGGAAGCUUCCAUAGACUAUAUGGAAAUGUAUGGCUGUGGUUAUGUUCCAAUAAAACUUUACUAACAGAAACAAGUGGCACACCAGAUUUGGCCUGCAGGCCAUAGUUUGCCAAAACUUAAUAUAGACAAUAAUGAGCCAAGAUUAAAAGCAGAUUGACAGGCAACUGUUGGAAUAAUCCAAGGGAAAGCUUAUGGUGGCUCGAACCAGGGUGGCAAUAAGUGGUCAGAUUCUGGAUAUAUUAUGCAGGUAGAGAGCCAAUGGUAUUUACUAAUGAGUCUGUAUAGUAUAUGAGAGAGAGAAGAGGAUGAUGCCCAUGUUUUUUAGAGUUUUAACUUGAAAAUAAAACUCAUGUUCUACUUUUGAUAAUAUCAAGAAUAAUUAUCUUUAAUAUAAAAUCAAUUUUCAACUUUUAAGUUUAUACAUUUCUUUUCCUCUGAGCCUGUUUGACUUUGUUUUGUUCUUGGUAUUCCUUCAUAAAUAUAGAACUAAUAGAAUAACUUAAGUUGGUCCUAGCACGUUUUCUCAUCAGAUUUUCCUGUGGCUGCAAGCAUGUGUAUAGUGCAAUGCAAUAUGUAGGGUUAGGGCAUCUGCAAGCAUGUGUAUAGUGCAAUGCAAUAUGUAGGGUUAGGGCAUUACCUCAUGGUCAAGGGAAAAAGCAAAAUAGCCUGUUAGGUUCCUUUGGAUAGCUCUGACUUUUACCAAUUGUAUGAAAAUAUUAUAGAGCCUUGCCUUACUUUGGUAAUGCAUUUAUAAGAAUGUUUAUAGUGACUGGUUUUGGGAGAAGACGGUAAGGACUUUGGACUGUAUUUACUGACUUCACAAACUGCUCUCAUUCUCCAAAGCACAGUCAUCUUGGUGUUCACUCUUUCUCCACAGACAUCAAUUGCUAAAGGCUUCAGUUGCCAUAUGACCGUGCCAUCUCACCUUCCAUUACAUCUCAGAUAAAUUACUGUAUCUUUUAACUUUCUUCAAACUUUGAUCUACCGCACACAGUGCUGUUGGCUUAAUCAUUUUAAAGUAGUAGUUAUCGAAUUCUGACAGGCAUCGGAAUCACCUGGAUGACUUGUUAAACAUAGAUUGGAAAGUUUUUGACUCAGGGAAUCUGGAUGGGGCCUGAGAAUAUACUAAUGCUUCUGGUCUGGGGCCCACACCGUGAAAUCCAUUGCCCUAAAGUACUCUGAUGAUGCCAUUUCUCCAAUAAAAACCCUAAGUGCUCCCCACUUACCAUUUGAUAAAUUCAGUCCAGCAUUUAAGGACGCCACUAUUUAGCCCAUCCUACAGGUUUUUAUAAGCCACUGGGUAGUAUGAAUAGUUAAUGCACUCAGCUGCUAACCAAAAGGUUGGAGGUUUGAGUCCACUCAAAGAAAGAAAGGCCUGGUGCUCUACUUCUGAAAAAUAAGCCAUUGAAAGCCCUAUGAGGCACAGUUCUCUUCUGACACACAUGGCAUCACCAUGAGUUGGAGUCAGCUCAACAGCAGUUGGUUACAACUGUAUAGCUUUUUUUCAUACACUUUAUGAACAUGGCCAUCAUUUCCACCUUUACUUUUCGACUAUUCUUGAAAUAUCUCCACAGGUCUCUGCCCUACCCCUCCCCAUCAUCAAUCAUAGCCCCAGUCAUUUCACAAGGUGUAUUUUAAACCCAGCAUUCUAUUUUUGAACCUCCAAGCAUGUGUAUCCUGGGUUCCCCCCCUCCCCGCCGCCUUUAAAUUCUCGUAGCAUUUAUGCUUGUUAUAUUAUUAUCUUACUUUAUCUUGACUUUUGGUCAUUUAUAUAUCUUUAUCUUACCCAUUUAUGGAAUUGUAAGUUCCUUCAGGAUAAGAAAAUGCAUAUAUCUUUAUAUAUCCCUCAAACAACAUUUAUAGAAUUGAAACAUAUACUUUUCAUUUGUCCUUUUGUCUUUUUUUUUUGAAGUGUUAUCAAAUUAACAUAAGUAAGAUAUUAAUAUGCAGGAUAUCUUCUUGCUCACUUUAUCUUUUGCAUGGAACCCAUUUUAUACCUCAGAGACUUUGUUCUUGAUAUCUACUGACUUUUUUUAUCAUUUUUAUUUGGAUGAACUGCUUUUUGAUUCCGCUGUUCAGCUCUAAUCCUACAAUUUCUGUUCAUUAGACUUCAAUAUCUUAUAAACCAUAUAUUCCUCUUUUUUUAUUCCUCUCUUACCCGCCCUCCCCAGUUUUGCUAGAGUACAUACAACUAACUUUGUAAAAAAGUUUGUGAGGCAUACGUAUUUGAAAAGGCCUUGUAUAUCUGUAAAUCUUUAUUUUGUCCUAUCAGUUGAGAGUUUAAUUGUACUUAGAAUUCUAUGUAAGAAAUCUUUUUCUCUGAGAACUUUAAAGACAUUACAUCAUCUUAUAGUUUCCAUUUUAGCUGUUGAGAAAUCUAAUGCCAGUCUUGCUCUUUGAAGCUAACUUGAUAGUUUCUAUUUUCCUUUUCUAAGCUCUUGUUGCUGGAUCUCUUCAUCUCUCUCAUCUCAUAUUCCAGAUUUUCUGUCUGCCAUUUUGCUGUAGAUUUUUGGAUAUGUACUCAUCUUUGUCUUUAGACUCUCUCCUGAAAUUUUUAUUUCAUAUAUCAAAUUCUUACUUUCCUUGAGUAUUGUUUUCUUUAAGCAUCCUACUCUUGUUUUAUGGAUAUAUCUUGAAUAUCCAAAGAUACUAAACUUUUAGUGGUUUUAAGUAAAAUUGUGUCCUCACAGAAAAAAUUCUAUUUAUCUUGUUUUUUUCCUAUCUAGCUUUUUGUACAAAUCUGAUGAUACGUUUAUAUGUGUGCCCAUUCAUAUUUAACAGUCAAGAACUAGGAAAGCUCAUCACUGGCAACUCUAUUUAAAUGUUAAUUUCCAUCUUCUAGAUAAUUGUUUGAAAGCUCUCAUCAGCUGAUAGCCCUCCUCGCAUUCUGUUUGCUCCUGGUUUUAUUCCUAUAUUAUGACGUUAAUGAGGUCCUGGGAAAACAAUAAGCAAAUGACUGCCCAGGCAUGUUUAAAGCAUGUUAAAAUUGUUCUUCAUAGUUAAGUAUCGUACAUUAAUAAUCUUUUUGUUUGUUUGUUGAACAAGUAAGUUUGUGUUGUUAACUUUUUUUGAUUUGAUUAGUAAGUUUAUGUGAUGGGCAGAGCUACAUUGAAGUUAGUGAUGAGAAAAAAAUUAUUAAGAAUGUCGCUGUUCUUAGUCUUCAGCAUGUGUAUUUGGCUUCAUCUAACCUAACAGGAAGAGACUAAUAUAUCAGACAAAUGACCGUUUAUUAACUUACCAUAGAAAGUUUAACUAUUAAGGAAACCAAAGGCUCAAGGUUAGUGAAUUCUUACCAGAGAGAAUCUGCAUGGAAAACAAAAUUUAUGCUCCCACUGUUUCUUGGUAAAAGUGGAAUCAGAAAGAGUGCCUUAUUGAUCUUAUUGGUAUUAUCCAGGUGAGAUAGCCUGAUGCUUUGUGUCCAUUUUCCGGUAAGAUCUCCAUGCAGACCCCAAAAUUGAGUAUUGAUCAGAGUAUCAUUUGUCUUGGAGAUUCCUGGAGACCCAGAAAGUCUCCUGAUGUGAAGGUUCUUUUUCUAGGUGACAUUUUAAUUGUGUUGAUAAAAAUUUAACUAAGAGAGUGUAGUUAAUUAGGUAUAAACUAAGUUUUCCAAAAGUCCACACCAAAGCCAACCUAAAUAAAUCUGUCAAACUUCAUUUAUAGAUUAUUGUUUAAGUUUGCUAAUUCCUAAAACACCAUUUUUUUUUUUAUCACAUGUAGAUUUCUCUCUAAAUUUUAUUCUCAGAAGGUUAAUCUAUCCUAUAACUAUAUACCACAAGCAGGUAUUACCUGCACAUCAUUGACAAAGAAGCUGAGAUUUAGAAGUUAAGUGACUCAUUCCAGAGUCUCUCAGUACACGAGGGGCCAACUCAAGCUACAUCUAGGUUCUCUCUCUUUAACUUUAAUAUUUUCUGAUGUACUUAUUAAACUACUUUUGUUUUAUGAAAAAGAUAAAACAAAGUAAUAGAAAACAGUUGUUUUGUAUUUGACUGUCAUUGGGAAAUGAAGACUAGUGGAUGGUAAAAAAAAAAAAUCUCCUUAAUUUAGAGUUCACUGAUACAGUUUAUGAUUGAUUCUACAGGUUAUAUGCUGACACUUACUUUUGUACUACCUUUUAAAAAGUUUUAUAUGGCCAGUUAGUAAUACUAAUGAAAUUGUGAAAAUUUUUUCUUAAAGGAGAAGUAUAUAUUUUAGCACCUUAGAAAUAUAUUAAACUUAAUUAACUAUAAUCAAAGCCCAAUACAAGUUAUUGGUUCUUAAAUAUGAUCAUUAUAAAAUUCAUUCUUUAAUGAAUUUUAAUGCUGUUAAGCACUGUCUUUAUUAAUCUUUUGUGCUUUGUGUGUUCUUAAAAUAUAAAACUGUCUCCUUUAUAAUUUCUAAGAUUUUUGAUGUUCGACAAUUCUUUCCCUUUUCUUUAGCUCCCCCAGUGAGAGUAAACAAAACAUUGCUUUAACUGUAUGUCACUUUUUUAAAAUUUUAAGAUAAAAUAUACAACUUUGGCUUUUAUUAAAUAUUUCAUUUUUUUCUGUCCUUAUCUAAAUGUAUAUUGUUUCUGAAAUCUUGUUAUAUGUUUGUAUUUCAUAUGCUAUAAAUCCAUUUAACAGUAAAACAGUGAUGAACUGGAAUUUUACUUCCUGAAAACCUUUCAAAUCUAACUCCUUACUUUUCUGUCCUACAGCCCAUGCUAAGUUUGAUGAGCUCAUCUUUUCACUUGAAUAGUCUGACGUGGUGAACCUCUUCCCAGUCUCACUCCCCUUCACCAGUCUACUCUCCACUCAUGUUAUUCCCUUUCUUAAAAUCAUUUGAUAGGUGAUUCUCAUUCAUUUCACAAUAAAGUCCAAGCUCCUUAGACUGUAUCCAGUUAAGACUUAUGUGUACAUUAUAAAUAUUCCAUAGCAGCACAACCUCAAUCAGGAACCAAAGUUAGCAUAAUUAUGGGAAACCAUGGAAUAAGAACUGGCAUACUAAAUAGUCAAAUUUGCAACCAGUUUUUUUUUUUUUUUGUCACUAGCCCAAAUACAUAUUUUAAAAUUCACUCUUCAUGGUGCAUGAGUUUUGUCAAAUGCCUUCUCUAUAUAUGCAUAUGUAGCAUAAAGAAAAGUCAUCAAGUUGAUUCCAACUCAUAGUGACCCUAUAGGUCAGAGUAGAACUGCCCCAUAGGAUUUCCAAGGAGUAACUGGUAGAUUCAAACUGCUGACCUUUUGGUUGGAAGCCAAGCUCUUAACCACUGUGCCACUGGGCUCCAUGGAACACAGGAUUCAUUUUAUAAAGUAUAAAUACACAGUGUAAUUAAUUAUAAAUUGAUUUCAAGUGAAGAUUUAACAUGAUGAUACUUUAAUUGUGGCUUAAAUCAAUGCUGAAUGUUGUUUUUAAAAAUAUACUUAAAGUUGGAAGUGCUAUUUAUCAUAGUUAAUAACCGAAGUUAUCUUAGUGGCAGUCUACAUACAUUAAAAAUGGCAUAACAAGUGUUCUAAAAGGAAACAGGGAAUAUAAUAAAACUUAGCAGGUAAAUCUGUUGAGGCUGCCAUUAUGUGACAGACGAAGGUUUAGUUGUAUUUUCUCUUAUUUCUCUGCUUUGAUGUUAUGUGAGAAGAGAUGGAAGAAGGGUAGCAGUAGUAGGACUCAGAAGUCUGAUUUAUUCAUAGUAGUACAGGUGCCUUUUCUUGGCUCUUUGAAUUUUGAUCUUUUUCAGAUGGCCUCCCUGUCAUCAGAAGAAAAAUAGUUUGACCCCCCGUGUUUAGUUUUUCAUUGUUAAUGUUUAAUCUUUAAUUGGAACUUUUAUACAGGUCUUUUCGAGGAACAACAGUCAGAAAUCCUGUUAAUACUUUUGACUUUAAAACACAAUCCCUAAAUGAAUCAUCCAUUUAAAGUGGCUUUCAAGGUCAAAACAAGUUCAAAAUAUUUAUUGUAAUUUCUUUAGUCAGGUAACUCUAGAAAAUAUAGGUCUCUUAAUAUCUGUGAUUCAGGUGAGCAGCUGGAAUACAACAGAUGGUGAGGAUAGAGGCCCUCUCCAUAUAUUUAGUGUGAGAUUGUUGCUUGAAUGUGAAAUAUAUGCAUGGGCUUAUUAGCCAAAAGUUUUCUGUGGGUAUAUGCCACCCUAUAUAUAUAUAAUAAUAUGUACAUAUUAGUGAGCUGUUACGUACUCAUGUGUGUGUGUUUAGUCCAGUGUCAUUUUUUUCAACCACAAAGCAGAACAUUAACAAUGAUUUUUACCUUCUUAUUUUAGAGGGUUGUGUUGGAGCCCUGGUAGCAUAGUGGUUAGGAGCUCAGGUACCUAACGACAAGGUUAGCAGUUCAAAUCCACCAGCCACUCCUUGGAAACCCUAUGGGGCAGUUUUGCUUAGUCCUGUAGAAACCCUGGUGGCUUAGUGAUUAAACGCUACUGCUGCUAUCUAAAAGGUCAGCAGUUCGAAUCCACCAGGCGCUCCUUGGAAACUCUAUGGGGCAGUUCUAGCCUGUCCUCUAGGAUCUCUGUGAGUCAGAAUGGACUCAACGGCAAUGGGUUUAGUUUUGAGUUUUGGUGUCAAAGCUCAGACUCUUUGAAAGUGGUAAAUAUGUAAAAUAAUGUGGUAAGAAAUAUAUUUAAGGUAUGUUUUUGGUGGUGGGCAUAAGAAGAAUAUAAGCCAAUUUAAGACAUUAAUGGAUUAUUAGAUCUAUGGAUUAAAAUGAUUUGAUUUUUUUUGUUUUUUUGCUUCUACCA